AGAAUGUGCUGUCUCAUCAGACACGUUUACUAUAAAGGCACCAGGUGGCCUAGGAGAAAGUGUCCUGCUGCGCUGCAGACAUGUUGAAGCUACUCCUGCUCACCGCUCUCGCCUCUUUGGCCCUUGCUGAUGAGGAUCUCCAGCCCCGCUUCCUGGAAGAAGUGGAGGGAAGAGUUGUGGGCGGUGAAGUUGCAAAACCACACUCAUGGCCCUGGCAGAUCUCUCUCCAGUUUCUAUCUGGCAGCUCAUACCAUCACACCUGCGGUGGAACCCUGGUCAAGAAAGGCUGGGUGAUGACAGCAGCCCACUGUGUGGAUAGGCAAAGGACAUUCCGCGUUGUGCUCGGAGAUCAUAACAUCUCUCAGCACGAAGGCAAGGAGCAGUACAUCUCAGUCAGUCGGGUCUAUGUUCACCCCAACUGGAACUCCAACAUGAUUUCCAAUGGGUAUGACAUCGCUCUGCUUCGUCUGGCUUCUGACGCCACUCUCAACUCUUACGUCCAGCUGGGUUCUCUGCCUCCCUCUGGUCAGGUCCUGCCCCACAAUAACCCCUGCUAUAUCACCGGCUGGGGCCGCACUCAGACUGGUGGAUCCCUCUCUUCUAACCUGAAGCAGGCCUACCUGCCUGUGGUGGACCACAAGACCUGCUCCAGCAGCAGCUGGUGGGGGGGUUCUGUUAAGCCUACCAUGGUGUGUGCUGGAGGUGGAAGUCUCUCGGGUUGCCAGGGUGACUCUGGAGGCCCUCUGAACUGCCAGGUCAAUGGAAAGUACUACGUCCACGGAGUCACCAGUUUCGUUUCUGGUCAAGGCUGCAACGUGCAGAGAAAGCCUACUGUCUUCACCCGAGUGUCUGCCUACAUUAGCUGGCUGGAGAGUAUCAUGCAAUAAAUGAAAGAGAGCCAGAAAGGAGCAUCCUGAAGAUCACAUAUCAGAAUCGGAAUCACGUCAUGUGAACAUUGUGAAAAUGUUUCAAUUUUGCAUUACAUACUGUUACUUUAAUAUAUGCUCUCUAUACUACAAAGAUAAAUAAAAAUACAAUCUAAAUAAGAACAAUAA